AUGCACUUUAGAAAGGAAUGUGGUCCCAAAAGGCGCAAGCCAGGACACUGUGGCCAGCAACACCCUGCCCAGGAAUUUGCCUGUCCUUUGUGGUUGUCCUUUGGACUGUCGCUUUCUACAAUGAUCAUUAACAUUCGAGUCGUCCAAGCGCCUUCUUUGAGACUGGCAGCCCCGAGGGUCCGUGGCUGGUGUGGGAGGAAUGAAAAGCAGUGGCAGCAGCGGCUGCAACAGGCCCUGGGACGCUAUGUUGAAAGCCUUUUCCUACCUCCAAGCAAAACUAUUUUACCCCUUGUGCCUGAGUUGCCAGAUGAAGAGGUGAAAUCUAGUCAGCUCUCAAUGCAUCAGAACAAACUGUCUGUUCAGUCCAAUCCCUCUCCCCAGCUUCAAGGGGUAAUGAAAGUGAAAAGUUCAGAAAAUGUCCCCAGCCCCACACAUCCUCCAGUUGUAAUCAAUGCUGCAGAUGAUGAUGAGGAUGACGAUGAUCAGUUUUCUGAAGAAGGAGAUGAAACUAAAACACCUAUUCUGCAACCAGCUCCUGAAGUUCAUAAUGGAUUACGCAUAACUGGUGCUCGGAAGCCAGGGGUCAACUUAAAGCAAGGAGAUAGUUUGAAUUUUGAUAAAACCCUUGAAGAAAUCAAAUCAAAGAAAAUGAAGGAAAAAUCUAAGAAGCAAGGAGAAGCGCCUUCAGGAGCAUGUGCUCAUUUACUUCGACCUCAACACAUUCCAGGUCCUGAGAAAGAGAAUGUCAGAACUGUGGUGAGGACAGUAACCCUGUCCAACAAACAAGAAGAGCCCUUGGUAUGAUUCAGUCUCACAGAAAGACUAGGGAAACGGAAACUCUCAGGUGUUGACAGUGACCCUCCACUGAAGCGAAGCCUUGCUCAAAGGCUUGGGAUGAAAAAUGAGUCUCCAAAAAUCAUUACUGACAAAACACCAAAGAAAGUUCAAGUUUCCAAGCCUCUGAAGGAGAGAUUAGGAAUGCCAGCUGAUCUAAACAGUAUGGAGACAACAGCAGAAAGAUCUGCUAAAGGUAGACAGAUCCAUGUAAAGACACUAGAAGAAAUACGUCUUGAGAGAGCCAGCCAAAAACGAGGAGAAUUGCUAACCAAAAUCAAGAAUGAAGGACCCCAUAAGCCUCAAGAUUCCAGUUUGGGGAUGAGGAGCUCCUCUGCUAUCCGAAUCAAAACAUUUUCUGAGGUCCUGGCUGAAAAGAAACGCCGACAGCAGGAAGAAGAGAGACAGAAAGCUGAGAAGGAAAACCCUUCUGUCAAGCUCAGAAUAGAGAGUGAGUCUAAGAAACCAGCUGUCUUGCCUCCCAGCACUACCAGCAAAGGGCAGCUGGAAGAGCCUGCAAUGAAAACCAAGCCCAUGCAGGAGGUACACAUAAAAACCUUGGAGGAAAUCAAACAGGAAAAAGCAUUGAGAGUGCAACAGAGUGCUGAGAACAGCACCAGCUCCCAGAAACAGCCUGAGACUACUCCAAUCAUAAGACGACUCCUCUGCAUCACCAGAAGAACAGGUGUAAAGGAAGAGAAGAAACUUAGUGAAGCAGGUGAAGCCACAACUCGAAUUGGUGUUAGCAGAACAGAGGCUGUUGAGGUUUCUUCACAGACUUCUGAUGAGACCACAGGAGAUAGCAUUUCCAAAGUUCAAGUCAAGAAAUUCGAGGAUAUCACGAGAAAGAAGCACAUGCAGAAGCAGCAAGAGGUAGAAAUGCUACAAAAGGAGAAUGUUCUGACACCCCUUCAGGAAGAAGCAGCACCCAGUAACACCCAAGUGGUAGAGAAAUCAGAACUGAAUACUGUAUCAGGAAUCACCCACCAGCUGACAAAACGCAUGCCAAUAAAAGCCCAGCAAGUAGAGCUAGAAACUUCAGGAAUUGGGGAUUCAAUCCUGAAUGUGAAAUGUGCAGCACAACCCUUGGAAAAAAGGGGUAAAGCCAAGCCCAAGGUUAGUGUCAAGCCAUCUGUGGUUAAAGUCAUUUCAACCCCUAAAUUGGCCACAAAACCCAAAGCAGCUGAAGUCCACUCUGCUGUCAUUGCAGCCAUAAAACCACUUAGUUCCUGCAAUAUUCUUCAGGAAAGCCCAAGCAAAAAAGGAGCCCUGGCUGCUGUUCCAGUUCUCUCUGAGGAUAAACCAGUCACUGUGUCUGAGACAGAAAAAACUCCAAACAGUCUUGAUCUACCUCCAAGCCAAACUUCUGAUCCUCUACCACCAGAAGUAUCAAGUCCUUCUUCAUCCCAAGUGGCCACAAAAAGCCACCGGCUCAGCUCUGCCUCUUCAGGAACCCCCCCCCCCCUUUCUGUGGAGGAUGACUUUGAGAAACGGAUCUGGGAAAUCUCAGGAGGCAAAUUGGAAGCAGAAAUUGACCUGGAUCCUGGGAAGGAUGAAGAUUACCUUUUACAUGAGCUGUCAGAAAUGAUCGAUAACUGAAAGUGGUGACAAGAUUAUUUUUAUUAAAAAACUCACCAAAAAACUGGGUUUUGUUUCAUCUAUUAUAACAUGUGCCUGAGGUUACUAUUUCUCUAGGCCAAGAUUUGCCCCAAUCAGAAGCAUACCUCAGAAGUACCUAUACUUCUUUGGGCCUCCUGUGGGUCAAAUUAAAGAGAAGGCCUUUGGGUAGCCAUCCUGUCUAUUA